UAAAAUUUUAAAUUUAUGUCACAAAAAUGGACACAGAAAAAAGUAUCGAAAAUAAAUUAGACCAAGAUUUCCUAUUCUACUUGGGAUUUAUAAACGAAUACCUUAAGAACUUUAAGGACGAAGCGGAAUUAGCACAUUGCAAUAUUUGGCUGAAAAAAUUGUGCGGAUCUCCUAUUACUGCUGACAAAAAACGUGGUCGCAAUAUUUAUUUGUCGAAUCUGAUCUUAUGCAUGCAAGAUGGAAAGCUAGCCGGACCAUUUUUAGGGAAUCCCAAUGAAGUUGACAUUUCUGAUGCAAUGCAAGCGUUCGAACAUCUAUCUUCCAAUCUUGCCGAGCCGGGUUGGUUAAAAGAAGUGGCAGAUGCUCCAGAUUUAGAUGAUCCGCGCGAUGGACGUACCUAUCUAGCUACUCGAACUCUUCCUGGUGGUGAAGGGGCAUUUGCUUAUUUAGCUGUAACUUUAGCAGAAGCGGAACCGAAAUGGUUGGGCGGCGGCGAGGGGGUGUUCGACCGAGUCAUGGAAGAAAAAUUUCCCGAAUACGUACCUCCAAUGUCGGAGAUGGAACGAAUUCUUUUGCGACGCAAAGAUCCCGUUGAAAGAGAAAAGGUUCUUUCGUAUUACGAAGCGCUUCUUCAGAAUAUUAAUAGUGAACUUAAUGAGGAAGUGCCACCGCAACAAAAUGAUACCAUAAACGUACUUAUCGAUCAGCUUAUCGAAGAUUUAAAACGAAAACAGAAAUAUGACACAUAUGCCGCGAUGGACGAUAAACAAAGACGCACUGAACUGUUACUUUUACUUCACGACCGAGUGUUUGCUAGAAGGCAGAAGACCGCUCAACGAGAAGAAGUACUUGACGAAAUAGAGCAAAGAACCAUGCCGCUUUCAUUUUUUGAUGUGUCUUUGCAACCCGAAGAUGUAGUCGAGCUUCCGGCGACUAUGUGGGAACAGGCUAUUAACAAAUAUCCAAACAGAAAGUUGAUGGAGAGCUUGUUCAGCAAUUAUCCACAUAAUUUAAUUAACAAAUUUAUAGAUUUACUGGCAAAUGAAAAAGAGACCAUUGCGAUUCGAAUGCAAAAAAAGCAUGAAAAUAUAUCGUCACAAAUGAGAAAGGAGCUUCGCAAAGAAGGAGAAAAAGGACGCCUAAAGGCUGAAGAAGCUGAACGUUUUGCACAACAAGUUUCUCUUGUCUUGGCUAAAGUAAAGGAAGCUUAUCAACGCAGAAUGGACGCACUUCAGAACUUAAAAGACAAGAAGGAAUCUAAUUUAACUGAACAGCAGCGUUUGUACGAACAGCUAAGAGCGGCUUUAUACGAUACCCAGAGGAGCGUAGAGGAGGAAGCGAAAAGAGGACGUGAACUUACCGAUCAAAUUAAUUUCGUAAACAACCAAACCGAGCAAAUGUAUCAGGUGAAUGAGGAAGCUCUGCGAAAAGCCGAGACUGAUAAUAUUGCUCUCAUGCAAAAUAUUAAGAAGUUGAGAAAUGCGGUGCAAAAUUAUGAAGCCAGAAUGCAUCAAAUACAAUCUUUGGCGCAAAGAAAACCGACCACCUCUUCCGCUGGUUAUUAUUACUAUUAAUGCGAUUAUUAUAAAU